AUGAGGGAGCUAGCACAGAAUAAAGACAAGAGGAAAGAAGAAAACAGCGCAAUAGUCAAGGAAGAAGGAAAUACAAAAUCAGAAAGCAGGAAUGAACAAGAACGUGAGAAAAUAGAAAAAGGAAAAGCAAAGCAAGCAGCAAGAGGAAUCGAAAAAUGCAAGAAAGAGAAAAGCAAAGAAAGAAAAGGUGGGGAGAAACAGAGAAAAGCAAAGGAAAAAGCAAAAGAGAGAAGGAAGCAACGAAAGAUAGCAGGAGAGAAGGAACGAGGAGGAAUAGAUAAAAGGACAGAAAGACAAGGAAUGGCUAGAAAGAGAGGAAGAAAGGAAGAGGAAAUGAUAGGCGAGAAAAAUAGAGAAAA